AUGCGGAUGACGAAACUGGAUGAUAUCUAUGAGAAGUUCUUGGAUGUUAGACUGCAGAUCGAAGUGAUUACCGAUGACCAAGAGGAAGACCACUUCACGGAGACCGUGGAAACAGAAGAAGAACAAAAAGCUCUGCGGAUAUCCACGAUCGAACAGCGAGAGCAGGAGAACGCAAAAUUAAUCCUGGAGUUCGAGAAUGAAUACUACCAAGUGAAGCAGUCGAUGUUGGCGUUUUCCAUUCCAGCUGGAACAAGCAAAGCUUCAGUCGUACCUUCGAAUCGUGCUUCGGCUGGCUCCGACAUGCAGCUGAGAGUCAAAUUGCCCGAGCUCAAAUUACCUUCAUUUAGCGGAAAGCUGCGAGAGUGGAUCACAUUCCGAGAUUCAUUCAUCAGCAUGAUCCAUGGCAACGAACAUCUACCUCCCAUUGAUAAGUUCACUUACUUACGCUCUUCGUUAGCUGGUGAUGCGCUUAGGAAAUCGCGUCAAUUGAAUUUGCAGCAGCAAACUAUCCUAUUAGCUUGGAAAACGUUGCAUGAUACUUAUGACAAUAAGAAGUUGAUUGCUAAAUCAUACAUCGACGCAUUGUUUGCUGUGAAGCCCAUGGGCAAGGAAUCCUAUGAGCAACUGAAUCGUGUGGUAGGCGAGUUCGAAACCAACUUAAUGAUGUUGGAUAAGCUUGGCGAAAAUACGGAAGGAUGA